GAGACACAGACUUAGUGACACCUACAACACCGGAACUUAAGAGGUCAAGUUGUUCCCCCGGGCCGGCAGACGAGUCAGCUGUGAAUGAACGAGCUCCCUCUGAAUAGUUCGAUAUAGAGUCCGUUUUGAGCUGGGAUCACGAGUUGUUUGAAUCGUGGGACGCUUGUGCAUUUUCCCAGGCUCAUGGAGAAACACGUGCCAGUGAAUGUCUGACUGCGGAAGACAACGACUCUGAGACUCUACCUUCAGACCAAGAAUUUUACAGUCGUGAGUCACCGGUUGUUAAAGACAACAGAGCCUUAUUUGAGCUAAUAUAAACCGGUUUCAAGACAAUCAAGGGGCAUAUUGCGGACCUUGAAAAGCGUUUUGCUGUCAUCAAGGAGCGUCAGGACGGCAUUGAGAAGAAGCAGAGUGUUUAUAAUCAAUCUGUGAUGGAAACUUUACAACGACACACCAUCUCGCAUAAACAUAUUAUAGCUACACAGAGACUCCAUGCUGGAGAGAAUCGCCACGUUGGUCAUAACCAAAACCUGAAGAUGGAUUUGUUAAAGCAGGUUGUACACAUACUUAAAAAAAACAAACUCAGGUGAGUUGUACAAUACGUUUUCAUACAUCUGUGUGUUUGCUUGUAUUAAUUGUUGAUUCGAUACUGUUUACUGUUUGUGUUAUUUUUUACUAGUUUUUUUAUAACCAUAGUUGUUUCAAAAUGUUUUGUUUAAAUUUUCUGGUAAACUGGUUUAAAAAUGUUAAUAUUAAAAUAGUGGUGUUCCAUAGAACGUGUACUGGUAUGUUGGAACGGUAUACGUCCAAUUACGUGCCUCAUAACCUUGUUCUUGUAUCUGCACAACGACCAUUAUUUCAUGAUUAAGAAUCUGAAAGCGUGAAUAGGUACACCAUACGUGUACGACUACUGUCACAGUUUUACUAGACGUAGAGACCAUAGGUGUAAAUAUGUUUGUGAUGUUUGUAAUGCACCUGAUUGUCAUAAAUACGUUGUCAAAACGAGGCAAUGUCACGAUCGUUUGCGUUACUGCAGAUCUGCCUAUUGUUAUAAAGCACAUAAACAAACGCAAUUAGGACAAUAGUACGCCCAGUGUGAUGUCACUAAAUACUGUCAGAAAUGUAAUAGUAACUGCAGGAAUCUCUAAUUCUCAGUCAUGGGCUGGUGGCUCUUCAUGAUCCUAGUUAUAUUGCAGUGGAAUGCCAGGAGUCUUAUAGCUAAUGGACAAGAAUUCAAAAAGUUUGUGACUGAUCUGUUAGAUAAACCUCAGGUAAUAUGUGUGCAAGAGACGUGGUUAAAACCACAGUUAGACUUUGUGAUUUAUGGAUAUACUACAAUCAGAAACGAUAGGGAAACGGGUAAAGGUGGAGGGGUAGCAACUUUUGUAAGAAAUGAUGUGAAAUAUAACCUAGUCAAUAAAGGGAAAGAACAUGAAUCUGUGGUAGUCAGAAUACAGACAGGAAAAGACAGUAUAAUGAUAGUCAACUUUUAUAAUCCCUGUAAUAGACUGAGCACUGAUACACUGAAUGCAGUAUGUGGGGUGACACAAGGGAAAACAGUAUGGUGUGGGGAUUUUAAUGCACACAGCACGAUAUGGAGGAGUAAGAACACCGAUAUAAAUGGGUCAGUAAUAGAGGAAUUUAUAGAUGAUAAAAACCUGGUAUGUGUUAAUGACGGGAAGGGCACACAGUAUAGUAGUUCACAUAACACAGAAAGCGCUAUUGAUCUGACGAUAAUGUCAACUGAAAUGGCAGGAAUCAGCUUAUGGGAGGUUUUAGACCAGUCGACAGUAGGUAGUGAUCACUAUCCAAUAAUAACCAGGAUAGAAGUAGAGAUACACCAGGAUAGCGAAUUGAAAACACCAAGGUGGAGGUUAGAUAAAGCUGAUUGGCAGAUGUUCCAAAUGCUAAGUGAAAUAAAAUGUGUGGAAUUAGUGAAUAAGGAUAUUAGAGAUGUAGAAGAAAUGAACAGGAAAGUGACUAGGGCAAUUAUACAAACAGCUGAAGAAACAAUUCCUAAAAAGACAAGAAUUGAACAAAGAAAGAGCGUGCCAUGGUGGAAUGAGAGCUGUACUAUAGUAAUUAAAAAGAGAAAUAAAGCUCUUAGGCAACUCAAAGCUCACCAUACACUGGUAACUUUGAUCAACUAUAAAAGGGCACAAGCAGUAGUUAGGAGAACAAUCAGAUCAGCCAAACGUGGGUAUUUGAGACAAUUCUGCAAUAAAAAUUUAAAGUGA